CUCAGUAUCAUGGCGACGUUUAAAGCCUUCGUAUUAUAAUAAAAUUUUCGUUGUUGAAGCGUUCAACGGUUCGGUGCUGCGCUUGAAGUAAACAGUCAACGGUUUUGUGAUUUUUAUGCCAAAAAUUUAUAAUUAUAUGUAUAUAUGUAUGUAUGUGUAAGUAAAUACGAGCAUUAAAAAUGUUCCAACAAAUUUUUUCUACAAAACUGAAAUAAAACGAAACAACAACAGCAGCAACAAAAGAAACGAAGUGCAUAGUGCCAGGCUUCACUUAUGCCAAUAUGUGCAAAGUUGAACUGGGACGAGAGGUGUAUGUUAAAGUUGUCAUAUAUAAUAUAAAACAAGUUAUGGGCCAAUUAUCCAGUCAUCACGACAAAAGAAACAACGAGAAUCGCCUGUCGACCGCCACACAUUUCAGCAAUCGCAGUCAUUCCAUACGCAAGUCGAAGGUGCACAACAACAGCCAUUCCACCUUGGAACCGCCAACGGCAACAGGCGAGGACUCGUCGCUGCUGCGCGUUGGCAAUCCGCGCCUCAAAGGUCUCGCCAAUGGCCGGCCAGUUACGAUUAGUGAGAUUGGCAAGCGUAUAGAUUUAAAUACCAGUGAUAUAUUCAGUAGUAAAGACAAAGACGCGAGUAGUAUUGGCGGUGGCAUUGGCAGCGGUGACGAUGCCGAUGACACAUGGUCCAACAGCAACUUGUUGACGACGACAGUGCCGGCAACCGCCACACCACCGUACGCCACAACACCAAUACCGUCAACGGAGAAUGUAACGGCGAGCGCUACGGUCACGGAUGGCGGCAGCGCAUCCAAGAACAAGACGUCAGGGCAUUUAACCAUUGCCGAUAGAUAUCACAAAACAAACAAUUGUUAUUAUCGUAGCCCAAAUGGAAAUUUCCAUAAAUUACCGUCCGAUUCUUACCACAAAAUGACGGAUGGCUGCUACGUACGCGCAGCCGAUGGCACAUUUCGACGCAUUGAGCCGCCAAGUAGCAGUCUCAUCAAUGGCGGUUCGAAUGGCGGCAAAUUGCAUCAACGCGGCGAUGCUAGCGGCAGUUCGACUCGUAUAAAAAAUCAAAUGUUACGUUUUUUGAAACGUUCUAAAAGUCAUACGCCCGCUACAUUGAAGGAAUUGGACAAGGAACGAGGGAAGGAUAAAGAAUUGAAAUCGAGUCGUGGACGUAAAGCGCGUUUUCCAUCAACAAUACAAGAGAAUAUCCCAACCACACUACCGGGUGGUGGCAAAACACCCAGUGGCAGCAAUAUAACRGCGGGUAGUCGUAACAAUAAAGUUGUUGUAACCAUGAUGGAAGGUGGCGGUUUGCCAAUAAUAGCUACCAGCAAAGCGGAACGUUCCAAAAAUAAAGAUUCUUCAGCGUCGAACACGGCGGAUGGCGCGCGCAGUGGGCGUUCAAGGAUGUUUCAGCUACCCACCCUAAUUCCUAAAAUACUUUUAAGCGAAUGCAAAAAAACUAUUAUUUACAUACAUAAACUUAUACAUAUUUUUAUUAAUGAAAACAAAAUUAGCUGUAUAAUUUCGCAUGUAUGAUAGUGCUAUGCAUUUUGUGCCGUGGAAACAAUUAUUUUGGCCAAAAACAAUGUUUAUAUAAUUUGUAAAGUACAUGCUUAGCUCUAAAAAAGUGAAAUUUGCACCCAAAAAAUCUUGUUACUGAAUUAACUGCAGCACAAUGGAUCUUUGUAGAACCGUCAGUACACAAAAGUUGAGCAWAUACAUAUGUACGUAUAAAAGUAAUUUUCUUUUAUAAAUUUACGAUUUAGGGGCAACACAUAGCGGAGUGAGUGCGCCCCCAUUUUCUAACUAUAUUACUUUCUAUCACAGUUAGUAUUUUAAACCUGCAGAUGCUUUUUCAAUUACGCUUGAAUAUUUUCUUGCAUAAAACAACAAACUUUCAUCUGCGCAGGCUUAGCAUUCGAUAUACAUAUAGUAUGUACAUAUAUAUUAUUAGUUAAUUACUAAUCUGAAGUGCCAAGCCCGUUAUAUACGCUGACUCCAAUCAUGUCUACGUUUUGAUUUUCGCCAAUUAUGUCACUCAGGUGGUGAAACUAAUAGAAAUUUUGUUGAAAAAUGCACACAGCAGCGAUUGCUUUCACAGUUUAGAACAAACUGAUGAUUAAUAUCUGUUCUGAGUCAUUAGUUUUCCACAAAUUUUUAACAAAAUACGUGUUUCUUUUGAAUUUUGUGAUUUUAAGAUCGAUUAUGGCACGUUUAUUUUAUUAAUUUUUUGAAUGGCUAAAAUCUACAUAGAUCUAUUGUGUUGUUCACAUAUACAUACAUAACGUAUAAGCAUAUACAUAUGUAUCUGUAGUUAAUGGGUAGAUUGCGCGAUUUUCUCUUUAAACGGUUACAAAUGCAGAUUUUUUAUCAGAGUAAUGAGUUAGAUAUGAAUUCCCACACGUGAGAUAAUGAAGUUUCACGCAUAUUAAAGUCGUUUGUCAAUUAUUAUUUUCUUUAAAAAAAAAAUUUUAUUUUUAUUUUUUUUAACCGUUAGCGCUAAAUCGUCAUUUGCUAAUUUGAAAUGAGGCGUAUUUGUGCACUCAAAGGCAUUAUGCUAUUAAAACAUUUGUCUAAUAGAAUACUAACAUCGUAAGCUUUUUGUAAUUUGAUUGUAUAAUUAGUUUUUUUUGUACACUUAUAAAUAAUUUUCUUUUUUUUUUAUCGUUUUUAAUAUUCCAUUCAACAUAAGCUGUUUUAACAAAAACACCCACAGAUACGUAUAGGCUUUUGUAUGUAUAUGUUCUAAAUAUAAGGUAGUUGUUAAGCUUGUAUUUAUUCUAUUUAGCUAAUAAGGUUGUAAUAGCACCGAAAACCAGUUAACUUUUGUAAGAGCGUGCUUUAAACGUGCAGAUCAUGAGUUAUCAGAAUACUCCGUAUAUAUUUAUAUUUUUUUCCAUUCACAACUGCAUAAUAGAACCUUUUAUUGUUUUUUUUUAUAAAAAUAUAGAAAAAUAAUAAUAAAUGAAGAAAACGUGAAGCACACAAUCAGCAAAACAUUCAUGAGUAGUAAUAACUUUAUCUUUAAACAAUAAAAUGUCUGCUAAUUCAAUAUAGUAUAAGGAACCGAAAUCAACGUUCGUAUGUACAAGGAGAUAUUCAUACAUACAAACAUGCCUAAAUGAAUUAUUUGCAUGUGUGAAACGUUUCCUAACUUCAGUUUCAUUUUAUUUCUAUUUUUGUGCUAUUUACAUAUUAAUAUCUGGGACUUGUUGCACAAAUUACUUUUUUCUUUUGCUCGCGCGUGCCUCCAAAACUUGUUUCUCACUCAUACCCACACAUUUAUAUAUUUAUCAAAUAAUACAUAUUUAUAUAUGCCAUCUAGUAUAUUUAGAAUAGCGCUCACGCUCGCACGCACUAUUUACUAUUAAAAUACAAAUGUGUGAAUUUAAAAUUUAUAAAAUGAACAGCUGUUUUUUGUUUAUGCUACAAACCUAGUGUUGCCACUCAUGCACAUCGAUUUAUGAUUCGAUUUAAAAGUAAAAGCUUGCAGAAGCCAAUAUUGAACAGAUGCUUCAAAAACAAAGCAUAAAAUUAAUAGUGCAAUAUUGUGAGUGUAUACGUGAAAUGCAAAGUAAACGACCUUGAAYAGAAAUUUUCAAUAUGCACAUAUAUGUAUGUAUGCAUAUAUUUACGCAUAUACUUAUUACGUAUUUGACGGACUGAUAACUAGAACACAGCGUCGUUCUAAUUGCAUACAUUGUUCUGCUUUCUAUAUAUAAGGGUAUUUUGGUUUAUAUAUAUCAUGCAUUUAUUUUUACUUUACAACAUGUUUUUGGUGACGGCCAAACGUCAAGGUGUAUUUAGACUAUGGGUUAUUUGUUCUAAGUCAGUUUGAAUUAUUUUUUAUAUUUAACAAAUAUAUGCUAAAAUUUAUGUAUAUUUGUUUUAUAACAGUAAUUAUUUAAAUAAAGCGUAUAAAAAAUCAGUAUACAGAUAAACUUAUCAAGGUUGGCAUAUCAUUAAUAGAUUAUUGCCUUCAAAAAAUUUUGCACAAUGCAAUUAUCUUCAGAAGAAAGCUCAAAAUGAAUAUUAAAAUGUCGAAACAAGCUUAAAUCGGAACAUUUUAAUACAUAAUUACUACUAUUUCAUUAAAUACUAAGAUAAUGUUAUCAAAAUAUUGGAACCUAUGUGACGAGUGCGAGAAAUCGCUUUCAUUAAUUUCCUAAACUCAUCUUUUGCUAAUUAUAGCUGUGUGUGUUACUAAUUUAAUAAAUUAUCUAUGUUAGAAAACACCAAAUUACUUGCUAAAAAAUGUAACUCACAUACAUUUCACCAUGUAUGUAUAUUUAACUCAACUUCCUUAAGGUCUGCACUUUAAAGCACGAAGCAAUAAGAUUUUAUAUUAAUUAUAUAAUAUAAUUGUUAUGCACAUCUAUAGAAAUUCGAAUGUGAUAUGACGGCAACCGUUAAUUGUGUAAAUUAUUUUAGUAAACAAAAGUAAUUGUGACUUUGUUGUCACAUAAAUUGUUGCGAAUGAGUUAAUCUACAUUUAUUAUUGACCCAACUUAUUUAAUGUUCUAAUUUUAAAACGCCAUAUUUGUUCAAUGCACCUUAACGCGAAUCACGUCUGCGACAGUGGAAAAUUACUUAACGAACUAUAUAGUUAAACUAAUUCUAAAACAAAUAUUUGAUUGCACAUUUUUUUGUUGUUCUAAUGUUGGAGAAAACUACUUCCUUUAAUUAUAAUUACUGAAAUGUGAGAAUUAGAAAGUAAAGAUAAAAAGUGUAUAGCAUGAGUUGAUGUGUACACGCGGAUUAACACUUUCUGGUUAAUUACUUGAAAAACUUAUAUACAUAUUAUAUUUCAUAAAAUACAUAUUUCGCUCGUUAAAUUUAUAAUUAAAUUUAUAUAUUUACUUAUUUGGAGCACAAGUCUAAGGCUGUGUGCUUAAUAUAUUAAUAAACAAAGUGACGUAAGAAAAACGUUUUUUUAAACCUUAUAAACCAAUUAACGUCACGCUAAARUCACAUGUUUUAACUUGAUAUUUUUAUAUUUUUUCGGUAAAUGCAUUU